AUGGAGGCCAUCGGACCCCAAGUGUUGCUGGGUUGGGCCGUUGACGGUCCUGACGACUGCACGCAGCAGCCAGCGUGCAACACCGGCGUUGGGGUCCGCGCACUUCAUUACUGGACAAAAGAUCUUUUGACGCGUCGUCAGGACUACGAGAUAGCGAACGGAGGGUUCGGGCGUGGACGGGUGAAACCUCUAAGUGAGGCCCCAGCUGAAAACGGUGGAGCUGAACAGUUCUACGUGAAUUGUAAAAACCCUAACGAUGACGGUAUGGGCGGGCAGGCGAGCAUUGUGGAUGAAUGGUUACAAGAGUUAGCUGCUUUAAGGUCCAAAAUAGAGAAGACCUUAAGCGAUCGGUUGAACCUGGAUCCGGACAACGAGGAUCAUAGGAGGUUGAAGCGGAAAUACCUCGAAGUGUUAGACGUGUUGCCAUGUCUGCCGGAUGAGGGAUUAGAGACCUUCGAGGAAGGCGACAUGCUGAAUAGAACAGCCGGGCGUUCUUCCAGCCCUCCGUCCGCCCUAGCAGAGGGGGUUGAGCAAGCGGCGCAAGACGACACAAAUGUUGCUUCUGAUUCUGCCGACGAAUACGAAGAGUGUAAUUUAAAUGUGUUGAUAGCAGGUAUCGCCAAAACCGCAGUAGAGGGGGACGGCGCGAGCCUGAGAGAUGUAAGCAUAGUCUGUGACACCUUUCCAGGGACGCGUGGCGCUGCGGGUGGAGACGAUGCCGACGAUGGCGCCGAUGAACCAGAUAUGGGCAAUGUUGGGGCUGUUACCGCAUGUAGUGGCGGUGCUGGGUACAAGCAGGCUGAAAGUUUGGAGGGGGUGAAUCACGGGGAAGACCAGUUGGCGGUUGACAGCCAGGGUACAGUGAGCUUGGGGGAUAACAGUCAAGUCGAUGCUAGCGUGCCGGUCGAAACGAGAGUGGGGCGCUCGGAUGUUGAGAGCCCGGCGAAUGUUGGCAAGUCAGACUCGGGUGACGUUACGGGCGGUCCUGAAGCCACGCCCGAUGAUGGGAACAAAGAAACGGGCGCAACCGUCGACGACGGUGUUGAAAAUGCACAGGCGGAUGUUGAUGGGAGCCCACCUGCCGCCGACGUUUUGCAGCAGCAGGCUGCCUCAUUGCUUCGGCCCCUGGCUGUAUGCGGGCUGUUUGCUCCGUUGGUUGGAUCACCCAGGCUCGCAGCCGAAAUUGAAAAUGUUUCAGAACCUGGAACAGGGGUGGCCGCUGAACGGACUGAUGGCGUGACAACGGAAGGGGUGCAAGUGAGCGUUAAGACUGGCGGAGGUGAGACGGUUGUUAAUCGCAGUUCGACGAUGGAACUGGGGAUUGGGUCUGUUGGGCGGGGGCGAGGCUGGACCAAGUCAUCAAUUGCCGCGAGGCUUCUUAUCGGGCCCCCGUCUGUCAGCGCAGGCUGUUCCUCGGGCUUGCGUGCAGCAGACUACGUGCCCGGGGUAUCUUGCGAGGGGGAACAGCCCGUGGGUGUUGACGGUGGCAGAAGCCGGGUGGGGGGCAGUAGCCAGCCGAGUUUUAGCUUGGGGAUCUCGCAGGAAGUAGCGUGUGGCGCGGGAGCAGGCGAAAAAUCACCUGUAGCAGGUGUCCAGACUGACUUCGGACCCGGGCCUUCGGAUGAUCUGGACGUGUCGGCCACCAUAUCUAGCCCUGUCAGAAGCCCUCUAAGCUUCAAGUCAUGGGUGCGCGAAGGUGAGGCCCCUACGAAGGUUGAUGUUGCGUCGGGUAGCCAACCUAGUUUCAGUCUGGGGAUAUCGCAGAGUGUGCCUUGUGAGCGGCAGCCAAACGGGAAAAACUCGAGUAAUGAGGCCGGAUCGGGUUCCGUACGUAGUGGUGGUGCGGGCGGCACCGACGGUGCAAGAAGACGUUUAGGAGCUGAUAUCUGCGGCUGGGUCCCUAUUGCAACCCGGGGCCCGUUCGACAUGGCAGAGGGCAGUAAGCGCACGGGGACUGGGGGGCACCCGAAGCAAACGGAGCCUAUCAAGCAAGACCAAUCAGAGCGUUUCACGAGAAGCCGCGCUUGCGUUCCAACCCUAAUGAUGUCGAGAUAG